UGCAGCCCACGAUCGAACCCAUCCCAUUUGAAGCGGUUUAUCAUGCACCGUUGGUGAUGCUGCACGAGGACGCGUUCCUUCUCGACCUCUUGGCGCUGGACGCACACUCGUGCGACAUCAAGCUCGAGCAUGUAUCCGACUUUGCGACCGACUAUACCACCGCCACUACCGUGGUCUCCCCGCACGCCAUGUAUGUCGACGCAUUAGAGCUGGCGGUUGUCGACGGUGUCAAGAAAUCGUGCUCGGUCACCGACUGCCACCGCGUCGUUCGGUCCCGCGGCGUCUGCAAGCGCCACGGCGGUGGCAAGCGCUGUGCCUUUGCCGGCUGCGGCAAGGAGGCCCAACACGGUGACUACUGCGUUGGGCACGGCGGCGGCAAGGCGUGUCGUGCCGACAACUGCGUCAACGCGGCGCAGUCUCACGGUCUCUGCAAGGCCCAUGGCGGCGGCGCCCGCUGCAAAGUCAUUGGCUGCGAUAAGAGUAGCCAAGGCGGUGGUCUCUGCCGGGCCCAUGGCGGUGGCAAGCGUUGCAACGAAGUCGGCUGCACAAAAGGCGCGCAGCGCGCCAACAAGUGCGCACGCCACGGUGGCUGUCGGACGUGCACGGUCGGCGAUUGCAACCGGACCGACCGCGGCGGUGGCCUCUGCGAGAUCCACCGCAAAGAGCGCAUGUGCAAAGCCGUCGGCUGCAAGCGCCUCGGCAAAAGCCUGGGCAUGUGUACGCACCACAUCCGCGAGCUCCGCGCCACGUCUGCGAACUCGUCGAAGCAAUUUUAGACACCGUACCAUAUAUUUAGCCAUCUUUUCAAACUGAGCAUUCUUUCUUUUGACCGCCCAA